AUGAAUAUUUGCUUAGUAAAUGAUAAACCAAUUAAAUUAUUACUUGGCAUCGAGUCUCUGUGUAAUAUUGGAUUUAUCUGGUAUGUAUUCAAUUAUUCUGAAGGAUUUCUACGAGCUUUGUUACCACCAAUUGUUGAAAAUUUUGAAAUAACACCAUUAGCAGAACACUUUUUACUCUGGUGGAUGUCGAGUAUAUUUACUCUAACAUGUUUAAUGCUGGCUGCGAUACCUAGUAAAUAUUCGACAAACACGUUGACUGUAGGUUUAAUUCAUGUUAGACGAUUUAUUUAUUGGAGUUUAUUCGGUAGUGAGAUAUUGUGUUCGGGAUUAUUAAUCUAUCUUAUGCAAUAUUUUGCUGAGGAACAUUGGACACUCUUCGGUUACGCAUUACUUCUAAUAUUUACUAUAUUACCACUUUGGAGAUUAUUCGUGUUAUUCAUAAAAAACAGUUGGUUUGGUCAUAUUGAAAAUAUGGACGAGACGAAAACCGACAAACUCAAAAAUAACUAG